AUGGAAGUCCUUCCCACACUACAGGACGCAACUGCCUUGCCUGCCGGCUGGGACAGGCUUUCUUGUCAGGCUUCCCUCUUGUGGUGGCCGAGCCACACCCUGGUGCUGCGUGGACUCAGUUGUGCCGCGAUUUGCCAAGUGCAGUUGGCAGUUUCCUUGGACACUCAGGAUGCUGUGGUGGUGUUUCAGCCUCAUCUCAUCACAUCAGAGGAAAUCAAAAACCAAAUCGAAGCUGUAGGUUUCAAGGCAUCUAUAAAAAAACAGCCGAAGCCUCUCAGACUGGGUGCUAUUGAUGUGCAGCGACUAAAGAACACACCUGCCAAAUCCUCAGAAGGAGUUCUGCAGGAACACCCAGAGCAUGUGCACUGCUUAGAGACUGCUAAAUUCAAAGUUGAUGGCAUGCACUGUCAUUCAUGCGUCCUCAAUAUCCAGAGCACCAUAUCAGCACUCCCCUCAGUAACUAGCAUAGCAGUUUCUUUAGAGGACAAGUCUGCUGUUGUGAAGUAUAAUCCCAGCCUAAUCACCCUCGGUGCACUAAGAAGAGCCAUAGAAUCUGUGUCGCUGGGGACUUUCAAGGUCAGCCUUCUUGAUAUACCUGAAAACUCUGAACUCUUGAAUGUGCCCCAGUCUCCAGUGAAGUCUCCUCGGAGCACCAUGCAUCCCCUGACGACCGUCACGGUGAUAAAUGUAGAGGGAAUGACCUGCAAUUCCUGUGUGAAGUCAAUUGAAGGCGUAAUUUUCCCAAAACCAGGUGAAUCGGUAUGUGUGCCACCUCUGCAUCAUAAUGGGACUAUAGAAUACGAUCCCACGCUCACCUCACCAGAGGACAUGGGCUUUGAUGCAUCCUUGACAGGUGAAGCAAUGCCGGUGACUAAAAAGCCUGGCAGUACAGUCAUUGCAAGUUCCAUUUAUCAGAAUGGGUCCCUGCUGGUUUCUGCAACUCAUGUUGGGACUGAUACAACUUUUCCCCAUAUUGUCAAACUGGUGGAAGAAGCACACUACAAGAAACCUCCACUGGAGAAAUAUGAACUGUGUGCCUCCAAUCAGACGAGGCUGAAGAGCCCUUCAGAAAUCUGCGUCCACGUUGGCAUUGAUGACACAGCACCAGUCACCCAAACUGAGUCUUAUGGGUCGCAUUGUCAACUACAGCCGAGCUUCGAUAAACUCUCUCCUCUCAGGCAAGCGAUCUCUCAGCAGCAUCGUCCUCAGCGAGCCAGAUAA